GGUCUGCAGGUGCAUAAAAGGCAGCUGAGAACAUCUGGGAAGUUCAGUGCUGUCACAGUGUCAGAGCUCAGGGCUCCUCUGACUGCACUGUCACCAUGAGUGGCUGCCCAUUUUUAGGAAACAACUUUGGAUAUGCUUUGAAAAAACUGUCUGUAGAAGGCAGUGAAGACGACCAAUCACAAGGCGGUGUGAACAGAGCCAGUAAAGGAGGGCUUAUCUAUGGGAACUACCUGCAUCUGGAAAAAGUUCUGAAUGCACAAGAACUUCAAAGUGAAAUAAAAGGAAAUAAAAUCCACGAUGAACAUCUUUUUAUCAUAACUCAUCAAGCCUAUGAGCUCUGGUUUAAGCAGAUCCUCUGGGAGCUGGAUUCUGUCCGUGAGAUCUUUCAGAAUGGCCAUGUCAGGGACGAAAGGAACAUGCUGAAGGUUGUCACCCGAAUGCAACGAGUGGUGGUGAUUCUCAAACUCCUGGUCCAGCAGUUCUCCGUCCUGGAGACCAUGACUGCCCUGGACUUCAAUGACUUCAGAGAGUACUUGUCCCCGGCGUCCGGCUUCCAGAGUCUGCAGUUCCGACUGCUAGAGAACAAGAUGGGGGUUCUCCAGAGUCUGAGAGUUCCCUACAACAGGCGACAUUACCGCGACAACUUCAGAGGCGCAGACAACGAGCUCCUGCUCAAGUCCGAGCAGGAGCAAACGCUCCUACAGCUGGUGGAGGCAUGGCUGGAAAGAACUCCAGGUUUAGAGCCACAUGGAUUUAACUUCUGGGGAAAGUUUGAAAGAAACAUUGUCAAAGGCCUGGAAGAAGAACUCACCAGGAUUCAGGCUAAGGAAGAGUCAGAAGACAAAGAGGAACAAAUGGCUGAAUUUCAGAAACAGAAAGAGGUGUUACUGUCCUUAUUCGAUGAGAAACGUCAUGAGCAUCUUCUUAGUAAAGGGGAAAGACGGCUGUCCUACAGAGCACUUCAGGGGGCUUUGAUGAUCUACUUCUACAGGGAAGAGCCCAGGUUCCAGGUCCCCUUCCAGCUGCUGACCUCCCUCAUGGAUGUGGACUCCCUCAUGACCAAGUGGAGAUACAACCACGUGUGCAUGGUGCACCGGAUGCUGGGCAGCAAAGCCGGCACCGGGGGGUCCUCGGGCUACCAGUACCUGCGCUCCACAGUCAGUGACAGGUACAAGGUAUUUGUAGAUUUAUUUAAUCUUUCAACGUAUCUGGUUCCCCGACACUGGAUUCCGAAGAUGAACCCAAUUGUUCAUAAGUUCCUUUACAUGGCUGAGUACUGUGACAGCUCCUACUUCAGCAGCGAUGAAUCAGACUAAAACCACCUGCAGAAAUCUAUGAAGAACACGGAUUUCUCAGUCUGUGUUUUUUUUUCACUUUCUAUGAAUUUUCGUGAAUAUAGACUCCUACUGUGAUAUAUGUACAUACAUAGUUGAUCACUGUGGCGCUCUGAUUCAAUCCUAGGAAUAAUUUUAUCGCCUCCUGUUUGUGAGGAUAUGAGACUAAGCAUUAAGAUAAGAAAUUAACCCAGGUAAAUUGUAACUUAUACACAGAGUGUUUCCCUGUUAAAAACUUAAUGGCUCAGAUACUCACUUUAAUGUAACCGUUUAAUGUAAUCAUCAUCUCAUUAUUUCACACUUUAUAAGCUUGUAAACUUCAGCUAUUUCAAAUAUUUCAUGCAAUAAAAUAUGCAUUCUGUACAGAGGCUUAUUCAAUCAAAAGUUUUAAAUAAUAAAAAUUAGCCUUUUGACAUA